AUGUCCGCGCAUGAUCUGGAAGUGUGGUAUAAAGAAAUAUCAACUCGAUCCACAAAGGGAAAACUAUCUAAAAAUCAAAUGAUUAAUAUUUACAAAGAUCUAAGUGAUUUAGAUUCAACUAAAAUAGAACAUGUUAUUGAUAUAUUAACAAAGGUGUUUGAUGAAGAUAAAAGUGGCACAGUUGAUAUAAAUGAAUUUAUGUUAGGAUUUAUUUUAACAACAAAAGGAGAUCUUCGAUCAAAAAUCGAUUAUACAUUUCGACUUUACGACAAUAAUAAUAACGGAGAAAUAAGUGGAGAUGAAAUACAAAAAAUGGCAAAUGCUGUUUUACGUAUGCUUGGAGCUGAGGAGAAGGAUGAAACUUCAAGAGCAAUUAUUAAACAAUUUUUAAAUCAAUUCACAGGUGGUGAGGAUGGUAUUAUUAAAAAGAAGGAUUUUAUUGAAACAGUACUGAGAAAUGACUCUCUAUUAGCGUUACUCUCACCAUUUUACGAUAUGCCUGUACCAAAAAGUGAAUGUGGCGUAUUUGACUGUGAUGAGCUAAGUGAUAGCUUGUUAUGUGCUGUUUGCGAUUCAAAUUUUGAAAUGACCGAAGCUGACAAAAUCAAUAAAGCAAUACCUCUAGUACCUCUAGUCAAGAAUAUCGCUGAUGAAGUAAAAGUAGCACAACCCAAAUUAUUAUCUGAAUUAAAACUUCCUGAUCGUUUAUUACGCUGUUAUGAACGAAAAGGUAUCACCUGUUUAUUUGGAUGGCAAGGAGAAUGUCUAGAGAGAGCGAGUAUUAAUGCUGAACAUAAUUUUGUUUACUCUGCUCCGGCAUCAGCCGGGAAAACAUUUGUAUCUGAACUGUUAAUGGCGAAGAAAAUAUUAGAAAAGAAGAAAAAAGCAAUAUUCAUUGAGCCAUUUGUUUCGAUUGUACAAGAAAAAUCAAAUCAUUUCAAAGAAUUGUUUUCACCGUUAUCACUCGACGUUGGUUGUUAUGCUGGAUCAGCUCAGGGUGAAUUGCCGUAUGCAAAAUGCCAGAUUGCCAUAUGUACAAUAGAAAAAGCUAAUUCAAUUGUCAACAGAUUAUUGGCAAACAAUGAACUGGAUGAAAUUGGUAUGAUUAUUGUCGAUGAAUUACACUGGCUUAGCGAUCCACAACGUGGUUAUCUUCUUGAAUUAUUGUUAACAAAAAUCAUAUAUUUUAAUACAUUACAAAAAACUCAAAGCAAUAUUAUCAGAAUUGUUGGUAUGAGCGCAACAAUUCCAAAUUUGCCGACCGUAGCUCGAUGGUUAAAUGCUGAUUAUUAUGAAACAACAUAUCGUCCAGUGCCAUUGAUCGAAUAUAUCAAAUUUGGAAAUAAUUUAUACGAUGCUGAUAUGGUUCGUCUCAGAAGUCUUCAAUCAUCUCAAAUUCUUGAUAAAGAUGAUACUGAACAAGUAUCACAAUUGUGCUGGGAAAUUAUAAAAGAUAAACAUAGUGUAUUGAUAUUUUGUACAACAAAAGCAUGGUGUGAAACAUUAGCAACAUUAUUAGCAAAAAAUUUUUACAAUGUUAUAUAUACACAUAACUUACAAAAAAAUCCAUUUGACACGGAACAAUUAUCUGAUAUUUUUGAACAAUUAAAACGUACACCAGCUGGUCUUGAUAAAAUAUUAGCCAAAACAAUUAUAAUGGGUGUGGCUUUUCACCAUGCGGGAUUAACCAUGGAUGAACGUGAAAUAAUUGAAAAUGGAUAUCGAUCAAAUAUAAUUCGAAUAAUUGUGUGUACAAGUACAUUGGCAAACGGUGUUAAUCUUCCGGCACGUCGAGUUAUUAUAAGAAGUCCACUGGGAAUUAAUGGAAAAGUGAUAGACGUUGGAGCAUAUAAACAAAUGAUUGGACGAGCGGGAAGAAAAGGACUAGAUGAUAGUGGUGAAAGUAUAAUUAUAUGUAAAAAAGAAGAAGUAUUAAAUGUUCAAUCUUUAAUGAAACAAGCAAUGGUCCCAAUUCGAAGUUGUUUCUAUAAUCAUGAACAUAAAACAAGUUUAAAACGUGCUUUAUUAGAAAUAAUAACAAGUUCGAAAGCGAACAGUGCAUGUGAAAUAAUAUCUUAUAUGAAAUGUACAUUUUAUUAUUCAUGUUUGACAGAAGACAACACAAAAGACAAUAAUCAAAUGAAAACAAUUGUUGACACAUGUUUAGAAUGGUUGGUACAAUAUGAAUUUGUUAUUGUAAAAAAUAUUAAUAAUGAUGAACAAAAGGAAUACGGUUCAAUGGAAAUUGAUGAUGUUGUUAUAAACGAUAAACAAAUUAAACAAGUUCGAUAUGAACCAACACAAUUGGCUUAUGCAUGUAUUAAUUCUUCUCUUAGUCCAGAUAAUGCACUUGUAUUAUUGAGUGAACUUAAUAAAGCUCAAAGAUCUUUCGUAUUAGAAAAUGAUUUACAUAUAUUAUAUUUGAUCAUACCAUUCAAUCUUGUUCAACAACUUGGCACUCUUGAAUGGAAAAAUUAUCAUGAAAUAUGGGAGAGAAUGUCUGUUGAUCUACAAUGUGUGGGAAAAACAAUUGGUAUUAAUGAAAAUGCUUUGUUUAAAAAAGCAGCUGGUCAUAAAUUAGACAAACGUGAAUACGAUGAAAGUCAAGAUUGUUAUCGUUAUGCACGAUUUUAUAUUGCUUUGAUAUUAAAUGAUUUAUUAUUAGAAAUACCGAUGAAUAAAUUAAUAAAUAAAUAUAUGAUAACAAAAGGUUUUAUUCAAAGUUUACAGCAAGCAACAGCUGCGUUUACCGGCAUUGUUGAAACAUUUUGUGAUCGUUUGGGUUGGGCAAAUUUGAAACGUUUAUUAAGCGGUUUCCAAGCAAGAAUCAAUUUUGGUGUUCGUGAACAGCUAUGUGAUUUAGUUCGAAUAUCAUUAAUAAAUGGACUUCGUGCACGAUAUUUUUAUGAAAAUAAUUUUAAAACUGUCAUGUCAAUUGCUAAUGCUGAUGUUAAUGUUAUAGAGAAAAUAUUACAAAAAUCUAUACCAUUUCAAACUCUCGCCCAAAAAUAUUUAGAUGAAAAUAUUGGUCAGAGUCGAAACUAUCAGUGCAUAUUUGUGCCUGGUCGUGCGCCACUAACAAAUUCUCAGGCAGCAGUGGAAAUACUCAAUGAAGCAAAAUCAUUAGUUAAAGAUGCAUUGAACGAUUCUGGAUUUAAAAUUGUUGUUCAAAAGAAAGGUACAUGUAUUAAGACCAAAGUUAAAAAUAUAGAUCGAAAAUGGAAAAUUAUUCAGAUAAAAAGUGAAGCAAAAAAGAUUUUAUUUUUAGAACAAACACAAGCAGACGAUAAUACAUCUGAUUCAAGCGAUGAUGAUGAUGAAGAAGAAGAAGGAAUAACAAUUGAUUUGGUUGAAAAAGUUGACAUACAACUUAUAUCAUACAUGAAACAACAAGAAUCUAUUGAUUUUUCCGAUCUUGUUAAGGAUAAAUCAAUCCGUAUUCGAAACUGUUACAUUGAUGAUUUCGAUAAAAAUGGAAAAAAAAUGCAAAAACUUUGUUCAAGAUUUGCAUCAUUAAUUGAAACCAAAACAACAUUUUCCAUUGCUUGUUUAACAAAAACGCAUCGAAUUCUAAACAAUACGAGUAAUUUUUGUAUAAAUCAAGAAAAUGAAUUGAAAUUGUAUUAUGUUGCUUGUGCAUGGAGUAUCCAUAAAAUCUACAUUAUAUCGAUUGAACAAGAUGAACAAUUUUAUAACAUACAUAAAAUGUCAGCAUUGAUGUACGUGAAACGAGCACUAUUGAAUGAUCAAACAAAGUUAAUUUCAUUCAGUUGUUUAAAUACAAUGUUUAUGUUGUGCUCAUAUUUAGCUCUACCACGAUGUUCUGCAUUACUAAUUGAUAUACAAAUUUGUGCAUGGUUAACACAAAAUCUCAUUUCAAACGAUCGUUUACGACAGUGGACGCAAGACAAUAUAUCAUUUGUUGAUGUUGAUGAAACAUUUUCAAAUAUUGCAGAAAAUGAUAAUGUAAAUAUUUCUGACUGUAAAGAAGUAGCAUGUGAAACUUUGUUUUGUUUAUCACUUGUAACGAACUUAGAAACUCGUUUACGUCAAUCACAAUUAUGGAUGUACUAUAAACGUAUCGAAAUGCCAUCAUUAAAUAUAAUAUUAAAUAUGUUAUUAAAUGGAAUUCUUUUAAAACGUGACUAUUUAUUCGAUGAACGAGAACAUUUAUUGAAAUUGUUGAAUCAAUUAGAAAUGCAUGCAUUUCGUUUAUUAAAACGUCGUUUUAAAUUUCAUUGUCGUAAAGAUCUUUUAAAAAUUCUUUAUGGUGAAUUAAAUCUUCCUGAACAAAGAACGGCUAGCGGUCGAUUAUCAACAAAAAAGAGAUAUUUAAAUAUAUUAGCAUUAUAUCAUCCAUUACCGCAAAUAAUUAAUGAACAUCGUCAAAUCAAAAGCGCACUCGAACGAUGUAUCGAUGUAUUUGAACAAUAUUUUAAUGAUGCAAUGAAACCAACACUUCGUUUUCAAAAUGAACAGCAACAUCAACAAUAUCAAUGUCUCCAUUAUAAAUGUAAUUUUUUAACAUCAACUGGACGAAUGACGGUUACUAAUCCACCGUUACAACAUGUACCGAAAACAUUUUCAAUUAAAUCAUUGAAUGAAAAUAAUACGGUUGAACUUCGAAAAAUGAUUGUGGCAAGAGAUGGUUUUAAAUUAGUAUCCAUAGAUUAUUCACAGCUCGAACUGAGAAUAUUGGCACAUUUAUCUGUCGAUAUAAAAUUACAAGAACGUUUGAAUGAUCCGAAAUUCGAUUUUUUCAUGUCAUUGGCUUCUCAUUUAUUAAACAAAUCUAUAAUUUCGGUAACAGAAGAUGAACGUCAAAAUGCAAAACAGAUUUGCUAUGGAAUUGUGUACGGAAUGUCUACUGAGACAUUUGCUAAAGAAGCAAACAUGACUCAAAAUGAUGCUGAAACAUUCAUAGAAAACUUUUAUCAAACAUUUCCUGUUAUGAAAAAAUAUCUUGAUGAUUUAAAAAUUCAAUUACAUUUGAUUGGUGAAGUUAAAAGUUUAUUUGGUCGAAAAAUGUUGUUUGAUUGUUUUAAAUCAUCCAGUAUACAAUAUAAAGCUCGUAUUGAGCGUCAAGCAGUCAAUUUUGUUAUUCAAUCUUCAGCAUGUGAUGUGAUGAAAAUGGCUAUGCAACGUUUAACACAUUCACUCGAUCGAGAAUAUCCGUUUGAUGUAAAAUCUCAAAUUUCUCCACCUUACUAUUUGAUAUUACAAUUACAUGAUGAAUUAUUAUUUGAAAUUGACGAACAACAUUUAACUAAAAUAAUUGGUAUCAUUCAGUCGGAUAUGUUAUUAAAUCGUCUUGAUUUAGAACUUCCUGUUAAAAUUAAAGUUGGACAAAAUUGGGGACAAAUGAAAUGUUUCAACAGUGAAAUUUGA